GGAGAUACACAUUCUCUGCCACAGUACCCUCCGGCAGCACGAGAACAUCACGGCCAUUUUAUUUCUAGGCUACUUGACCGACACAAAGAUGCCGAUUCUCGGCCUAGAGCUCGCCGAGCAUGGCUCGCUGGACUUUGUCUUGCGCUGUCUUGGACCUGGGCCGUCCGUUGCAGACAGGGAGCACCUUACGGUGGACAUGGCACUAGGCCUGCGUGCUCUGCAUUCGUGCGGUAUUGCGCACGGCGACCUGAAAUGCGAGAGCAUGCUGGUAUUUCUUCACCCUACCCGACGUAUCGUCGCCAAGCUGGCCGACUUUGGUGGGUCGGUGUUGGUUGCGGAUGCAACAGCCAGACCUCGACACCAUACGGAGCUUUGGGACAGUCCCGAGAGCCUUCUCGGGGAUGAAAACAUUGACUGGACACUGGCUGAUGUGUAUGCAUUUGGUCUUGUACCCGCAAGCUUGUGGAUGAGGACCUCCACGAACCAGGGCCUGGCUCUGGAUCCCGCUGUAUCUAUAUGGUGCCUUGAACGACUUGCGCCAAAUUCGAGCCGGAAAGACUAGUCGCUUUAAAACUGUGGAAGCUCAGGCGCGAUAACGAGGAGAAUAGCCUCAGCAACGAGUUGUGCAAGUUGCUCGAGUGGACGCUCGAGAGAGAACGGGAAGCUUUGCCUUUCGUCCUUCGUCUCGUGCAAUCGACGCUCAAGACACUACCCAUAGAGCGACCUAGGGUGGCCCAGGUCUUGGCCCAACUAUUCGAUAACUGCACCACUUAUGAUGUAGGAAGCAG